UUCGAGUCCUUUCUAAAAUGCCCUCUUUCACCGACUUAAUUAUUAUUGAAUUGUCCACUGUUUUUUAAAAGCGCGUCACUCUACCUGAUUGCAAGUAUUCCAUUCCAUUUUCGUAUUUUAAUUUGCCAAAUUGCUGUCCAGCGAUAUGAGCGAGAAAAUUUGAUCACAAUUUGAUUUUUUUCAUGCUUUGAAAUUACUUUUUGAUUCGCCAAAUUUGUUUAGCUCAGAAUAAGUGAGGCUUUCUUGCAUUUUUAUAACCCUGUAAUUCAUCAGGGAUAUUUUCGAGAGCUUUAAACAGCUGCUUUAUCUCGUUGUCGUUUUUCAUUGGGCUUUUCCCUAAAAACUGUUGGCUCACACCUUCUUGUGUAUCGAUCCAUCUUCUUUGUCAAGCUAUUAUGCAAAUAGAAAAUAUAAAUUGUCACUUUGCCAUAAAACAUUUACAAAAAAAAAAACACCAAGAGAAAGUACGUGAUGCCAAUAAACCAUUCAAGACUGCCUCGAAGAUUGAACAGGAAAACAGCGAAAGCAAGUCGUUAAUCAAUAUAUUCAAGACGGUUUUAACUUUGCUACAAUAUUGAGCAAGAAAAUCAGCUAAGACAAAGAACAUCACAAGAAACGGCAAAGAAAACGUAGAGUCGUGGGCUACAUAGAACCGGGGGCUUUCACAAACUGGGAAUAAACAACGAAGAAAAACUCAGCCGAGAAAGCAACGUUGUCAUUAAUUGAUUUUGCUCCAAACAUUGAGCAAAGAAAAAGUAGGCAGCGAAGAAAGCAUUUUACGACGAGGAAAACUUAGCUGGGAGAAGGAAACAUAUUAACGACAAUUGUCUAUUUGCCAAACACUAACCAAAAAGAAGAAGAAAAACGACGAAGAAAAACUAGCGAGUAAAAGCUCAGAUAAUAUAGCAGCUUACUUGGGCGGUUGUCUCUUUGCCAUAAAUACUGCGCAAGAUAAUCGACGAAAAAAAAGACAGCCAGUUUAACAUUCAAGAGUGGCACUCGAGCAAGAAACAACGAAAAAAAUCAAAGUGAGAAGCCAAGAAGAAUUAGUGAAAAACAUAUUUAAGACCCAUUUAGCCACAAACAUAUAGCAAAAAACGGCGAAGAAACGAUAAGUGGAAAAGAUGGGUUUUAUCAACUUCACAGUGGAUUACGAGCUACCGUCGCGCAAGAUUUCGUUCUUGAUUCUCGAGGCCUCGAUAUCGUUGGUAGUUACAUUGUUGGCAUUUGGCGGCAAUCUUCUUGUUUGCCUAGCGUGCAGCAAGCACCAAAGCCUUCGCACGAUUCCUAACAUUCUAGUCCUUAACCUUGCAGUGACUGAUAUUGUCAAUUCGUGCACAAGUCUUUUAGCCUUAACUGUGACUCUUCUAUCAGGCGAAUGGCUAUUCGGAGCGACCGGCUGCUAUAUGCAAGCCUACACGGCGUACACUUGUUACGCUGCUACUCUGGUGACCAUGUCAGCUACAAGCAUCAAUCGUUAUACCAUGCUGUGCGCACCGGUGCGAUAUCGAAAAUUAUUCACCCGCAAGAAAAUGGCCAUUUGGAUCUCAGUUGUUUGGAUCAUUGCGUUCCUGUUUGGUAUUCCACCUCUUCCUUGGCUCAGUUGGGGGGAUUAUGUGUUUGAUAGCGGUUAUGGCUUAUGUGUCACUGAUAUUACCAACUCCCCCUCGCUCAACAAUAUGCUAUUCUCCUUUCUCGCGGUGAAUAUCAUUGUUAUUGCAUUCUGUUACGUCAACGUGUAUAAAGCCAUACGCUGUCACAGGAAGCGUGUGGGUGUGUCUUUGAGGGUCCCCUCCCUCACAAGCUCUCACUUGCGCCCCGAGGAUGUCCACACAUCUUACACUAUCUUCAUCAUCAUCUGUUUGUAUGGAUUCUGCUUUCUACCGACCUUCAUUCUUGGAAUUGUACUUUUUGCCGGUUAUGAGAUACCAAGGGAGGCAAAAAUGUUUUCCACCCUGUCUAUUGCGACCGGAAGUGCGGCUAAUCCACUUGUUUAUGCUUCCAGGAAUAGAAGAUUUAGGAGAGCUUUUUGUGAGAUUUUAAAGUGUGCAUAACCCACUCGCCUUCCUCAAAUAAGCGCCUCGCUUAAGAGGAAAAUAUAAACAAGCACCUCCCCAAAAAGUGUUGCGCUGAAUAGACCGACAAUGAGGGAGAUUUUACGUUAGCAAGGAAGUAACAAAAACUGACAAGAUAUCACCACAAUAUUAUAUUAUUAAAAGCUUGUUCAUGUUG